GCGUUCACACAUAAAUGAAUGUAUGAAAGAAAAAUAUUCGUAUGCUACUAAAAAAUUACCAUAUAUUGAAAACAGACAUAACAACGAGUGUAUUUGAUCAGAAUACCGAUUGCGCCGCAAUAAGCUUGUUUAUUCAAGAGAGUUGGAAAAAAGUAUUUAACCAGAUAUUCAACGAUGGUGUUGCCUUUCGUUAUUAUAAUACGGCGUUUGUAUGAUUCAUACGCAAUAUACUUCGAUUCAAAACAAUACCUUAGAACUGGGUGCUCAAUAUGUUCUAGAUGCGGUUCUAUAUAUGGUGCCAAUGACUAAUAUAUUUCUUGAAACACUUGAUAAAGACUAGAAUUCUAUCGCUGUGCACAUUUGUUUUGGUUUAUAUUCAAAAUUUAUGAUUUCGGUUCACUAAAAUUGUUUCCAAUUUUUUUUGAAUCUUAAUUCAAAUCAACUGCAUUUUCACAGCAUUUGCAACCAAAAUAUAUUCGCGAAAUAUAGCACACAACUAAAUAUUGUUCACAAUAAAGUUUGUUUGAACACAAAAAAAAAAUCAAAACACUUCAUAUAUAAAAAAGGGGGAAAAAGGCGCAAAUAUAUCUUCAAUUGAUUAAUCGAUGGUGAAGAAUAGAAAACAUAAAAUACCUUGUUUUUGUUUCGUUUUUAAUGAGAUUUAUUCAAACAAUAUAUUUGAAAUAAAAUCUUAACGUUUGACACGGGAAAAUAUUCUUUUAAUUUGCGGUGUUUUUAGUGAUUGUCUGUAAUUUAUUUGUAUUUUUUCCUUCAAAUAUUUGAAAGGGCUUGUUAGUAGUUAUUCAGUUUUAUGUCUGCUCUGCUUGUGUACAAAAUAACAACUGAAUAACAUGUAAAUGUUACAACGGAAACAUAGUAAGACCUUUUUUAACUUCUCCGCGCGUUCGCGUAAAGCGGUUUUGUGAGAGUUGCCAGUGUAUUCGUGUGAAAAUUUCAUACAAAGAAAGUCAUUAAAUAAGUGUGUUGACUGUUAUUCGUGUUUCUGGCAUUCUUUGUUUUGUUGGCUUUCUAUGUUAUUCGUAUUCGGUUUUGGGCGUUCAGUUGCAGCGUGUGUCAAUGUACAUACAUGUAUAGUAUAUAUGCUUCUAUAUGUAUAUUGAUCUUUAUGUGGAUACCGCAAGACCGAUAGUCGAUAAGGUUCUUGAAGGCUAUAAUGGAACGAUUUUGGCCUAUGGACAAACAGGAACGGGAAAAACCUACACUAUGAGCGGGAAUUCCACAUCACCACAAACCAAAGGAGUUAUUCCAAAUACAUUUGCCCAUAUUUUUGGCCACAUUGCAAAAGCUAAAGAUAAUCAGAAAUUUUUAGUGCGGGUCAGCUAUAUGGAAAUUUACAACGAAGAAGUUCGGGACCUACUAGCAAAGGAGAUAAAAGGAGAGACAAAGAGAAGUCUCGAAGUAAAAGAACGUGCCGAUAUAGGUGUUUACGUUAAAGAUCUCAGUGGUUACGUGGUUAAUAAUGCUGACGAUCUAGAUAAUAUAAUGAAAUUGGGCAACAAGAAUCGAGCAACUGGAGCAACAAAAAUGAACGUGGAGUCAUCUCGUUCGCACGCAAUCUUUUCUAUUACUGUCGAGAGUAGCGAAACGGAUGACAAAGGGAUCGAACAUGUAAAAAUGGGAAAACUACAGCUCGUAGACUUGGCCGGAUCGGAACGUCAAAGUAAAACACAAGCGACCGGAAUUCGUUUGAAAGAAGCCACAAAAAUUAAUCUAUCGCUUUCGGUGCUUGGAAACGUUAUAAGCGCAUUGGUGGAUGGAAAGAGCACUCACAUCCCAUACCGAAAUUCCAAAUUGACGCGUUUACUACAGGACUCUUUGGGGGGAAAUUCGAAAACUGUUAUGUGUGCAAGUAUUAGUCCAGCAGAUUCGAACUAUGUCGAAACAAUAUCAACAUUAAGAUAUGCAAGUCGAGCGAAGUCAAUUCAAAAUAGAACUCACAUUAACGACGAACCAAAGGAUGCACUGUUGAGGCAUUUCCAAGAAGAAAUUGCUGAACUUAAACGGCAGUUAGAAGAGGGUGCUCUUCAGGAGAAUAGUUUUGAUGAAACUGAUGAGGAUGCCAAUGAUGACGAAGAGAAUAUGGACAUUGAAGCCGAAAACAGUAAGGAGGAACUGCAAAAUAAGAUGGAAAAGAAAAAUAAAAGGAAAAGCAAGGCCAAGACCGAUGCAGCUGAAUCAGAAAAGGAAUUGCUUGCAGCUAAGGUUUUGGAGAGAGAAAGUGAAUUAAAACGUACCAAAACUGAGCAAGAGACUUUGCUCACGAAGCUUCAGACGCUGGAAAAUAAAAUAUUGGUCGGUGGUGAGAAUUUACUAGAAAAGGCUGAUGCCCAGGAAAUACUACUUGAGGAGAAACUACUUGAGUUGGAAGAGGCCACCAAGAAUGAGUUGGAGCUCAAGGAAUCAUUACAGAAAAAGGAGGCUGAACGAAUUGAUAUAGAGGAGCUGUAUUCUUCUUUACAAGAAGAAUGCAUUGGAAAAACCAAAAAAUUACAUCGUGUAAUGCAGAUGCUGAUGGGUGUUAAAUCUGAGUUGGCCGAUCAACAGCAAGAACAGCAACGUGAAAAGGAAGGGAUUCUAGAGAGUAUCCGUAUUUUAUCACGUGAAUUGGCAUUAUGUGAGUUUGUAUUGAAUUCAUACGUACCACGCGAGUAUAUAAACAUGAUAGAAGGGUUCACACAAUGGAACGAGGAUGUUGGUGACUGGCAAUUGAAAUGUGUCGCCUACACAGGGAACAAUAUGCGUAAAAACCUGCAGGAUGAACGUAGACACACAAAAGAGGCAGAGUUUGUCGAUUUGUCCCAUAUCUAUCUGAGUUACAAUUCAGGCUCAGUUGUCGAGCCUAUGAGAACACGCGGUCAAUCAGCUACAAGACCAAGAACAUCAGGUGUACCACGUCCCACUACGCGCUCCUACAAAAUAAAAAGCUAAACACUGCAAUUGAGUUCUGAAAUCAAAUAAAGGCGAUUAAGAUUACACGUAUGAACAAUUACACGUAUUUUACUGCGACAUUCACCCAUUGUUUGAUCGUUACAUAGAAUAGCAAUGUAACUCUUACUAUUUAUGUUCACACUUCUUACUCUGUAACAGAAAUUUAUUUAUUCAGCCAAUGCAGCAUUUCGACAAAUUCAAUUCACAACAAGUAUUGAAAUAAUUUAUAUCGCUGUAUGUUUUUCGAGUAUGCUUUACGUAUUCAUUUUUCAAAGUAUGGUUUUAUUGCAUUCCAAAUUUAUUAUAAACUUUUACUUUUUCUAGUCAUUAUAUUUAUUCAUAAAUACUAACUUGUACUUAAUUCCAAACAAUAUAAUGCACAGCUUGGACUUUAUUCAAAUCAAAUAAAAAAAAACAAAAA